AUGUCUGGUUAUGAAAGGGCAUUUCUAAGCCAAUAUGAAUGUAUCUGUUUUACAGAAAUAUGUCUUGAUAAAGCAGCAGCUGGACGUGUUUCUGACUGUCCACGAUUAGCCAGCUUGUGCAACAACAAUAUAUACUCUCAACUGAUGACCGAACAGUGCCCACGAACCUGUAACCGUUGUAACGGUUUAGUUAUACCAAACGCAACUAUUGUUGUUCCUACCGUGGGAACAUGCGUGGAUAAGGCACCUCCUAGCGGUGUCUCAGAAUGUCAGCAAAAAAGAUAUUUGUGUAACGUACCAGUCUACCAGGCGCUGAUGAGAGAUCAAUGCCCAAGAACAUGCAAUUUUUGUUAG